AUGGCCGAGCAGACGCCUCACCUUCCCCGCAGAGCACGCAAGCCAAUAUACACUCCCGCAGUACCCGCUGACCCCACCGAUCCACACCGCACCAAACGCACCCGCUCACACGCAGCAGUCCGCUGUCGCAAGUUACCACCCGACUCCCCCGCAAAACCGCACCGCUCAGCCACCCCGCACCGUCCGGCCCCCGCUGUUCCCACACCACGAAGCACCCCAGUAUACCCACCCCACGCACCACCCCCAGCAGCGCGCAGUUCCGCACACCGCAGUUCCCACGCCUCCCCCCCACCACCCCCGCAGCCUCCCGCCGCCCCCGCCCCCGCAAGCCCCCCGCCCCCGAACCCGGCCCCGCUGCGCAGUAACCUCCCCCACGGCACUGCGCAGUCCGGCAAAACGCAGUCGCAGCCCCAUCCGCCGCCCUACCCGCAAGUUCGAAUGGCCGACCCCCCGCCUGUUACCAGCCCGCGCCCCCCUACGCAAGCCGCCGCCCCCCCACCCGCACGCGAGCGCCACCCCCCCCCCCCGCCCGCAGCCGCUCCCCCCCCCAGCGCAGACCCCGCAGCCCCCGCAGUUCCCCCAACCCCCCGCAACGCCCCGCCCACCCGCCCCUCCCCUAGCCCACCCCACCCCCCCCCGCCCCCGCAGCCCCCUCACACUCGCCCACCCGCACUAACCCGCAGCCAAACUCCGCUGUUCCCCCCCCGCCUCCGCACCGCUCUAACCCCCAGCCGCCGCAACGGGAUACCGAGCCGCCGCCCCCCGCCAGCACCCCGCGCAACCCCUCAGCAGCCCACCGACCCCCGAACGCCCCCCCCCCCCGCCACCCACCGCUGUUCCACCGCGCAACAGCACAUCGCAGCGACAACCCCGGACGCACUACAGCACAGCACCCCGAGGCCCGACCCACACUGCAGUAAACGCCGCACGUGUCACCGCCCGAAGUCCCCCCCCGCACGCAGUUCCGCACCGCACCCCGGACACCCCCCCCAGCCCCCCCAGCUCGCAGCAGCCCAAGACAUCCCCCACAGCAACGCAGUCCACAGCAGUUGCCCGGCCGCAGACCGCACGCUCGCCACCGCAGUCCCCAAACACCGCCCGCAGCACAAGCCGCAGCCUCACCUCCCAACGCCAGCCCCCGCACCGUCUGAGCCCCGACCACGCGCAUUCUGCUCCCUCGCCGCUGCUGACACGCAGUUUCACGCACCUCGCAGUUCACGCCGCAAGGCACCCAGCAUCCCCCACCCCACCCCCACAGCACCCCCCGCAACAGACCACACACCCCCAACACCCCACCCCGCACCGGCGCCGCAGUUAGGACCACACCCAGCAAUACAGCCCGCCGCACAGUUGCCACGCCGCAGUUUAAUCCCCACCAGCCCGCAGUUGCAUCCCGCCGCAAACCCCCCUCACCCCACAACCAUACACCACCCACGCCCCCCCGCCUGCCCGCCCCGCAGUUUGUCACGCUGUUACGCAGAGCCGCAGACGCAGCCUCUCUCGCCAGCAAGGACCGCCAGUCCCCGCAGUUUGUUACGACGCGUUUGCGCAGUUAGAGUUCCCCCAGCAGCCCCCGACGGGCUCCCCCACCCCCCAGCCCACGCCAGCCCCCGCCCGACCCCCUCACCCCCCGCCGCCCCCCCACAGCCCGCAGCACCGCCACCCACCCGCACACACACACCCCACCACACCCCCACCCACCCCCCCAAUCCGACUGUUCCGCUUCACAGACAGCACACCCCCACGAGACAUCGAGCGCCACGCAAGUUUCAGCCGGCGCAACCGCAGUUAAGCCCCACGGCACACCGAGCCCACGCCCCACGCAACGCAGCCACCCCGAAGUCCCCCCUCGCCUGCGGCCCGCCACCCCUCGCCCGCAGUUACCCACGGCGCUGCCACACAGCCUGCGCACGCGACCCAGCUGUCGGCAGCCCAACCCGCAGUUCCCACGGCAGGCCCACCCCCUUAACCCCCGCCCGCCGCCCCACGCAGCCACGACCACCAGCAGGCGAUGUUAAAGCCCCCGCCGCUAGUCCAACGCACGCCCCCCUCCGCAUCGCACACCCCACGACCACCCACCGACCCCGCCCCGCAGCCGCGCACGCAGUCCGGCAGACGCUGCGCCCCGCAGUUCUCCGCUGUUCCCCCCCGACAGCGCAGCCUUCCCCCCCACCGCCACCGGCAGGCCGCAGUCCCCCCACCCGGAACAACCCCGAGCAGCGCACCCCCAGCACGCACACCACCCCCCCGCACCACUGGCGCCCGCAGUCCCCCCGCGCAGCGCCGAGUACCCUCCCCGCCCCGCCCGCAGCAGCACCCGCCACGAACGCCCCCCCCGCAGAGCGCGCCCACACCCACGCGCGCCACCACCGCAGUUACACCCCCGAAGGGUCAUGCUCAGCCGACAGUCGCCCUCACAGCAGUUCGCGCCGACAGCGCACCCCCUGCAGAGCGCAUCUCCACACGCCAGCCCCCACAACCUCACGCCGCACGCGCAGUUUGUUAGUCCGCACUGUCCGCUGUCCCGCAGGCUCUCGCAACCCCCCAAGCCGCCCAACCCCCACCCCCCCCCCCCGCGCCGAGCAGUUCACACCGCCCCCCAAGCCGCGCCGCCGCCCCACCAACAAGCCUCCUCCCGCCCCCCCACCAACCCAACUCGCUGCCCCACUGGCAAAGCCCCUCGCCCCGCGCCGCAGGCCCCCAGCACGCAGUUCCGCCCGCCCAACCACCGACAGCCGCCCCCACACCCGCCCGAACAGCCCACCCCCCCCACCACCCCCCACCCCGCACGCCCCACGCUCCCCCGCAAUCCCUCCCCACACAGCAUCACGCAGGCGCAGCCGCAGUCUGCCCAACCCACCCGCAGACCCGCUCGCACUGCACGACCACCGCAACCCCCACCACCUACCUGUCGCCCGAGCAAUCGCGCUCGCCCCACACCCCCCACCGCAAGUCCCGCGCAACCCCCCCCCCCCCACGCGCCCCCACCCCCAACCCACGCCAAGUUACGCCGAAGACCCCCCCGGCUCCGCCACCCGCACCAGCCCAACGCCCGCGUCAUCGCAGAACCCCGCAGGCCCCCCCCCGCAUGCCGCACUGUCCGCCUCCCCCCCGCAGGCCGCAGCCAACCACCCCCAGCAGCGCCCCAAAGCGCCCCCACCCGCACCCCCGAAGCCAGCGCGCCCCCCACACCGCAGUCUCACACGCCCCCGCUGCUCCCACGCACAGCCCGCCCAGACACGCACGCGACACGCAGUCCAGCGCCAGCCCCCCCACCACCCCCCCGCUGAACGCAGGUCCCCCCGAGCAUGUGCGCAACCGAAGUUCCCCGGCACAGCACAACCCUCCCCCGCAGGUUGCCCGUACGCGCGACUGUUCAAUCGCCACGCCCCCCCCCAGCCCAAGCCCCGCAGCAGCACAGGCCAGACGCUACAGCAGCAACCACCCCCGCGCUGCAGCGCUGAACGACCACAACCACGCGGACCCCGCACUACCAACCAACCCCACACCACCCCCGAGGAGCGCAGUACCACCCCACCCGACACCCCCCGCAGCCCCCCCCCACACCCCGCAUGUACCGGCACCCGCACCAAACAACCCCAGCCCGCAGUCGCGGACCGCAGUCCGCUGAAGCGCAGCGCCGCGAACAGUGCAGCAGGCACCCCGCCACGCAGUACCGCAGUUCCCACACGCCGCUGCACCGCGCUGCCCACCACCACCCGCCCCCACCCGCCACCCCGGCAGUCACGCACGCAGUUACCAAAGCCCCACGCCACCGCGCAAGUAUUCCGCGCCUCCCCCCCGUGCCCGCCCCCCGCCCGCCCCCGCAGUCCGCACACCAACCGCUGCGCCGCCUGUGCCGCCCCGCCCGCACGCAGCGCACACGCACGCCGGCCGCCCCCUCCCCGCUGCCCGAGCUACGAGCGCCGCCCCAGCACACCCGCCCAGUCGCAAGCAGUUCCCGCAAGCCCAAGCUGUUCCUCGCAGCCCGCCUCCGCCCUCGCCGCUGCGCUGUCAUCCCCCACCCCAGACCCCAGCAGGGCCCGCCGCGCAGCCCACCGCCAGUCCGCCCCCCCGCGCCCCCCCCCCCGCCCGCAGCCCGCCGCGCCCGCACAGGCGCAGGGCGCGCACCCGCAUCCCCCCGCCCUCCCCGCCCCGCCCGCAGCCCACAACCCGCGCUGUCCCGACCGCAGGCCCCCGCUGUUCCGCAGUCGAUUCGCCCCCCGCUGUACGCGCCCCGCAUGUACACCUAUCCACCCUCCCUCGCAUACCGCAGCACCCCGCGUUCACACCGCACGCAUCCACACCGCCGGCCCGCAGCAGCAACGCUGCCCGCAGUUCCCUCCGCUACACCAGACAAGGCCCCCGCGCCCCCCGCAGUCCGUCCCCCCUCUCACCCACCGGAGCUCCGCAGCGCCCCCCACCCCCCCCCCCGCCCGUGGCGCCAGGAGCAGUUUACCCCCCCCCCCACGCCCCCCCCGAGUUCCCCCCACCGCAGCCCCGCCGCCCGCGCACCGGAGACCCCAGCCCAGCUCCCCCCGCCACAGCACGCAGUUUGUCCCGCAGCGCGUCAGCCCGCAGAUCUCGCUGACAACCCCCCUCCCUACACCGCUGUUGUACUGCAGCGCAGUUAGUCUCAACCACCUGCCCCGGCGCAGCCGCGCAACCUCAGUUCGCCCCCCGCAGCGCAAACCUCCCCCUCCUCGCAGUUCCCCCCGCUCCCACCCGGCCCUCCACCCUCGCAGUCCCACGCGACCGCAGAACCCCCCGAAGCCCACAGCGCAAGCACCCGCCGCACGUUACAGCCGUACCCGCAGCCCCAACCCACGUACCGCCGCAGUGCCCCCCCGCAGCCACUCCCACGCACCGCCGACCCGCAGUCGCAGUUCCGUCCCCGCUCCCCUGCCAUCUCCCCCCCGCCCCGCCGCCCGCCCCCCCCCCCCCCCGCAGUCGCCAAACCACCGCGCCCGGCACGGCACCCCACCCCCUCCCCCCCCCGCCACGCACGGGCUGGCCACUACCGCUCAGCCGCAAGACCCAGCAGUCCCCUCGCAGCCCCACGAAGCACCCCCACCGCCCCCCGACAGCCCCCGCAGUUCCCCAGCCCCCCUGCCCACCCAGCAGUUAGUAGCAACCCACCCCGCCCCCCCCCGCCCGCCCGCGCUGGCCAACGCCCCCCCCCGCAGCCCCCACCUACACCCGCAGCCACCGCGACCGCACCCCCCCCCCCCACCGACAGUUCCUCGCCCCCCACCCCGCGCAGGCCACCCCGCAGCCCCCUCGCCGCCGCAGGGCUCCCCACGCGCGCAGUUCGCGCUCCCCACCCCCGCACGCCGCAGUUCCGCAUGCCUCGCCACGCCAACGCAAGUCUGCAUCCGGCACGCAGCCGCACGCCGCACGCAGUUCGCAACACCGGCUCCCCGCCCCCCCCCCCCCCCCCCGCCGCAAACCCCCAAACGCACAGACCCGCCACCCGCCAAUCGCAGUGCGCGCACCCCCCACGACCACAGUCCCCGCAGUCCCCCCCCGCCCCUCGACAAGCACCCCCCCCGCUGCACCGCGCUACCCCCCACCACCGCAGACACGACCGGCACCCCCGCACGCGCCCCCCCAGCACCCCCCCGCAGUUCCUCAGCCCACCGCACCGCAGAAACCACCCCCCGCAACCUACCCCCGGCAGGUUCCGCAGCCGCACCACCGCACGACCCACCCCCCGCAGCCCGCCCACCCGCAGGUUCAGCGCCCGCACGACGCCCCCCCCCCCCCCCGUCGCCCCCUCCCGCUCGCCCCCCCCCCUCUAUACGCACCCCACACGUAGCAGCCGCGGCAGCCGACUCCCAACCCCGACGGCACCCCCCGCCGCAGCCCCAAACCCACCGCACAGUCACACGCUGCCCCCUACGCGUUCAGCAGUUACACGCCAGUUACCGCAGCACCGGCCCCCCCGCCUAUCCCCCCGUCCCGACACCCCCCCGCACACCCCUCCCGCCCCCACGCAGCCCAGCCCGCGCUGUGACGCAACGCCUCCCCCCCCCGCAGGCGCGCACCCGCAGAGCCCGCAGUACCACGCGCGCCCCGCUGUUCCGCAGCCCGCCCCCAUGCAGUUUACAGCACCCCGCCCCCUACACACCCCCACCGCUCACCAGCCCCCCCCCCAGCAGUCCCGCCCCGCAGUUGGAGCCCACCCGCUGUUCCCAGUCUGUCCACCCCGCUGGUCCAGCUCAGCAUACCCGCAAGCAGCGCCCCCGCUACCCGACCGCAGCCACCCGGCAGUGCCCGGCAACCCCCGCCCCCACCCCCCGCAACCCCGCAGCCGACAACCCGAAGGCGCAGCACGCCCCCGAGCAGUCGCCCGCAGCCUAA